AUGUCUUCUGACGCAGCUCAUGAACCGGACGCGAUAACCAAUGCCGACUACGAUCUUAGCAAGCCUAUCGGGUCGAAUGUUGGUCUUCGUCAAGGCCUGACAUCCUAUGGCGAUGCGCAUUUCUCACUUUUUCUUCGGAAGGUAUUCAUCAAAGCGCUAGGAUACAGCGAGGAUGCUCUUUCACGCCCUAUUGUCGGCAUAGUGAACACGUACUCCAGCUUCAACCCCUGCCACGCCAACAUCCCGCAGCUGAUCGACGCCGUGAAGCGAGGUGUCCAGCUCCAUGGUGGUCUUGCAAUUGACUUCCCUACUAUCAGUCUGCACGAGUCUUUCGCUUCGCCCACAAGUAUGUUCCUAAGGAACCUGAUGAGUAUGGAUACCGAGGAAAUGAUCAAGGCGCAGCCUGUGGACUCGGUCGUUCUCAUUGGAGGCAAGCGCUGUGAUAAGACAACACCGGCUCAGCUAAUGGGUGCUAUAUCUGCCAACAAGCCGGCUAUACAUCUCGUUACGGGACCGAUGAUGCCGGGGAGCCACAAAGGUGUUCGCAUUGGCGCAUGUACUGAUUGCCGCAACAAUUGGGCCAAAUUUCGUGCCGGUACCAUCGAUAUCGAGGACAUUGCGGAGCUCAACGAGGAGCUGGCUCCCACUGCUGGAACUUGUGGCGUGAUGGGCACGGCCUCUACUAUGGCGUGCAUCUUAGUCGGUCUCGGGGUAAUGCCGAUAAAAGGUGCAACGCCUGCAGCAGUUUCCUCGGCCAGGCUUCGCAUAGCGGAGGAUGCUGGAGCAAAAGCAGUCAUGCUUGCGCAAACCCAGCUCAAGCCACAGAUGAUCCUGACUCGCGAAUCGUUUAUUAACGCCAUCACCGUGCUUCAAGCAAUAGGGGGUUCCACAAAUGCUGUUGUACAUUUGCUCGCGAUAGCCAAUCGACACCCAGACAUAGCCGGAAGCAUCACACUUGAGACAGUCGACGAAGUCGGCCGUCGAACUCCUCUGUUGGUUGACCUCAAGCCCAGCGGCGAUAACUAUAUGACGGAUUUCCACAACGCCGGCGGCAUGCCCGUCCUUCUACAUGAACUCAGACCCCUUCUCCAUCUCGAGGCGCUUACGGUUACCGGGAGAACUCUCGGCCAAGAGCUGGACUCUCUGAAUGUAACACCAUUGCCUUUCGAUAACCCCGCCAACUGCAUCAGGCCCAAGUAUUCCCCCUUGUAUCCAUCCUCAUCCUUGGUGGUCCUACGCGGAAAUUUGGCACCGCGGGGCGCUGUGAUGAAAGCGAGCGCCUCGAAGGAGCGAAAGCUGCUGUCGCAUUCUGGGCCCGCUGUUGUCUUUACGAGUACCUCCGACCUAGCCGCACGGAUAGAUGAUCCGGAAUUGAAGGUCACAGCUGACAGCAUACUGGUGCUUCAAGGCAUCGGCCCCAUCGGCAACCCCGGAAUGCCUGAAGCGGGUCUGAUCCCUAUUCCACGCAAGCUGGCUGCGCAAGGGGUCACUGAUAUGCUGAGGAUAUCCGAUGGACGAAUGAGUGGUACCGCCGGAGGUACUAUCGUCCUUCAUGUGUCUCCCGAAUCUGCAGAUCCCUCGUCAAUACUGGGCAUCAUUGAAGAUGGUGAUAUAAUAACGUGUGAUAUCCAGACAAGGAAGCUCAACGUUGAACUUACAGACGAGGUUGUCGCGAAGCGAGUGGCUGCUAGGAAGAUUGCGCUGGAAGAACAAGCUACCGAAGACAAAACAGAGCCACACUGGAUCGCUCGCGAUACCAUGAGAGGCUAUCGGGGUUUGUACAUGCGAUCUGUCAAUCAGGCUGAGGAGGGGGCGGACUUUGACUUCCUGACCGCUUACGGACCAAGGAGGUUAUGA